CACCCUCGGUCUCCACAACUUCACUCUUUUUUUGUUUCUCUCUCAACUUAUUGAAUACCUUUUCUCUCUUCUUUCGAAAGUGACCGGCGGCGUUUUCCUUAUUUUUCUUUUCUUUCCUUUCUUUCCCACGCUAACUCGAAUUCUUAACUCUUCUCUCUCUCUCUCUUAUUCGUUAUUUUCUCUGCGAUUUUGGGGGUAAACUCAACCUCAUACUCUUUUCACCUUAGUCUCCGCAUUCAUAACUGAGUUAUCGCGAAAUCUUUUGGGCUUGAAAUUAGUUCUUUCGGGCACAGAGUGAUACAGUUAGUCCUUUCUUACCACGAACCUUGGAGCGCAGCUUAUUACUGCGCCCAAGUUUUUCAAGGCUGCUUGAAAUUUUCUGCUGUGUGCAAGGUUACCAAAUUCCAUGGAUGAUGAAGACCUCGCUACAGAGCACAUAGUGCCAUCUGGUCUCAUAAAGGCGAUAAAGUUUGAUGUUUUAACGGGAGAAGAUAUAGAGAAGAUUUCUGCUUUAGAGAUAAAUGCACCGACACAGGUCACUUGUUCUGAUUUGGGACUUCCAAAUUUGUCUUUGGGGUGCACGACAUGUGGUUCAAAAGAUAGAAAGUCCUGUGAAGGUCAUUUUGGAGCAAUCAAAUUUCCUUUUACCAUAUUACAUCCAUACUUCAUGGCAGAGAUUGCGGAAAUCUUGAACAAGAUUUGCCCUGCAUGUAAAUCUAUUCGACGUGAAUUACGGAUCAAGCGUGUUAAAUCACUCCUUGGAUUCAAUCAGCCCAAAGGUUGCAAAUAUUGUGGAAAUGGUAUGGGUCGUUAUCCUACCAUGAAAUUCAGAGUUUCAUCCAAUGAUUUCUUCAGGAGAACUGCAAUUAUUGUUGAAGUAAAUGAUGUAGCUUUAAAGAAGAAAAGAAAUUUGGGGAGAGGAUUGCCUGCUGAUUAUUGGGAUUUUAUCCUCGGAGAUGCUCAACAAGAAGAAAAUCAUGCAAAUAGAAUGGUUUUAUCACCCGUUCAGGUUGAGAAUAUUUUGAGUGGAGUUGAUUCGAACUUUAUUAAAAAGUAUAUUCCAAGAAUGGAUUUGGUUGCUCUCAGUUGCUUCUUGGUGGCACCAAAUUGUCAUCGUGUAACAGAAGUCCCUCAUCGACUUUCUGGGGGAUAUCCAUUGAGUUUCGAUAACAGAACCAGAGCUUGUAAGAAAUUGGUUGAUUUCAGGGGUACAGCAAAUGAGUUAAGUUCUCGUGUUUUGGAUUGCCUGAGGUUCUCCAAGAUAAAUCCUGAUAAAACACCAAGUAAUGUAUUUACUGAGAUCCAACUAAGAAAGGUUGGAGAAAAUGCUUGCAAUUCUUCUGGUUUAAGAUGGAUGAAAGAUAUCGUUCUUGGAAAACGCAAUGAUAGUUCAUUCCGUACUGUGGUUGUCGGCGAUCCAGACCUUGAGCUUAGUGAAAUUGGUUUACCUUGUCAAAUUGCAGAAGGUUUACAGGUUUCUGAGUACGUAAAUAGGCAGAAUAAGCAAAAUUUGCUGUAUUGUUGUGAGCUGCGUUUGUUAGAGAAGGGACAGAUAAAUGUUUGCAGAAAGGGUCGUCCUGUUGUUCUGUUCAAAAAAGAAGACGUGCAGAUAGGAGACAUAUUUUAUAGGCCUCUUGUUGAUGGGGACAGAGUGUUGAUAAACAGGCCUCCUUCCAUACAUCAACAUUCUAUGAUUGCUCUCACGGUUAGGGUUCUUCCAAUAUCUUCAGUAGUAUCUAUUAAUCCACUCUGCUGUUCACCUCUGCGUGGGGAUUUUGAUGGUGAUUGCCUUCAUGGGUAUAUUCCACAAUCAGUUGGUGCAAGAGUAGAGCUUAAUGAGCUGGUUGCUCUGGAUAAGCAACUUAUUAAUGGGCAAAGUGGUAGAAAUCUGCUUUCACUUUCUCAGGAUAGUUUAACUGCUGCAUAUUUGCUGUUGGAAGACGGGGUGCUUUUGAAUGUUUACCAAAUGCAGCAGCUUCAAAUGCAUUGCAGUAGAAAGUUAAUACCUCCUGCAAUUGUAAAAGCUCCUUCAAGUAACACCUCGUGUUGGAGUGGCAAGCAAUUGUUCAGCAUGCUCAUGCCUUCUAGUUUUGACUAUGCUUUUCCGUCAGAUGGCGUUUUUGUUUGUGAUGGGGAGCUGAUAUCUUGUUCUGAGGCUUCUGGGUGGUUACGUGAUUCAGACAACAAUGUUUUCCAGAGUCUUGUAGAACAUUUUCAAGGGAAGACUCUAGACAUUUUGCAUGGUGCACAGAAAGCUCUUUGUGAGUGGUUGUCUAUGACAGGGUUUAGUGUUUCCCUGUCAGAUUUGUACCUAUCUUCUGAUUCUUAUGCACGGAAAAACAUGAUAGAGGAAAUCUCCUAUGGUUUACAAGAAGCAGAACAGGCUUGUGAUUUCAAUCAGUUAUUGGUAGAUUAUUGUUGUGAUUUUCUUUCAGGAAGUCUUCAAGAGAUUGAAAAUUUGGUGGCUGUUGACGUGGAUUGUCUGAAUUAUGAAAGGCAAAUAUCUGCUGCUCUAAGUCAAGCGUCUGUUGAUGCUUUCAGACAAGUUUUUCGCAAUAUUCAGAGUUUGGCUGAUAAAUAUGCGUGCAAGGACAAUGCUUUCCUAGCUAUGUUUAAGGCUGGAAGCAAGGGUAAUUUACUGAAAUUAGUGCAACAUUCCAUGUGCCUUGGACUGCAACAUUCUCUGGUUCGUCUACCAUACAAAAUUCCCCGUAAACUCUCAUGUGCUGCUUGGAACAGUCAAAAGGGAAUGCAAAUUUUUUCUGAUACUGUUGAACCUGUCCAGUCUUACAUUCCAUAUGCUGUGGUUGAAAGCUCUUUUCUUACUGGGUUGAAUCCACUAGAAUGUUUUGUUCAUUCAGUGACAAAUCGUGAUAGCUCUUUCAGUGACAAUGCAGACCUUCCUGGGACGUUGACCCGUAGACUUAUGUUCUUCAUGCGUGAUAUGUAUGAUGCAUAUGAUGGAACAGUGAGAAAUUUAUAUGGUAAUCAACUUAUUCAGUUUUCUUAUGAUGCUGAAGAGGAUUCAUCUUGUGAUAGCCAUUUCCGAGAGGAUACUAUAGGUGGUGAACCGGUUGGAACACUUUCUGCUUGUGCGGUUUCUGAGGCUGCUUACAGUGCUUUGAGUCAACCUAUUAGUCUACUUGAAGCAUCACCUUUGCUGAAUUUAAAAUAUGUUCUGGAGUGUGGUUCAAGGAAGAGAGGUGGUGAUCAGACUGUGUCUUUAUUUUUGUCUGAGAAAAUUGGUAAACAGAGAAAUGGGUUUGAGUAUGCAGCACUAGAAGUUAAGAAUUAUUUGGAAAGAUUGAUGUUCUCAGACAUUGUUUCUACUGUCAUGAUAAUAUUCACUCCUCAGUCUCGCAGUCUAGAAAAAUACAGUCCUUGGGUUUGCCAUUUUCAUUUAGACAAGGAAAAUGUAACUAGAAGAAAUUUAGAAGUGCAUUCUAUCAUUGACUCUCUUUACCAGCGAUAUGACUCCUUAAGAAAAGGCUCAAAAGUCACUCUUCCCAACUUGAAAAUAUCAACCAACAGGAAAUGUUCUGUACAUUACAUGGCUAAGGAAGGUGGAGAAACCUCUGUUGAUAAGGAAAUCGAUGGUGAAGAUUGCAUCACUGUUACAAUUGUCGAAAAUUAUAUGAAUUCUGUGCAACUGGAUGUGGUUCGCAAUAUGAUGAUACCUUUUCUUCUGCGAACAGCUAUAAAAGGAAUUUUUGAGAUCAAGAAGGUUGACAUUCUCUGGAAGGAUCUGUCAAAAGGAUCGAAGUCUUAUAAUGGUUCUUCCGGUGAACUAUACUUGAGGGUUACUAUGUCCAGCGACAGUGACAGAGGUACAUUCUGGGGUGCACUGAUAAAUCAUUGUCACAGGAUAAUGCCGAUGAUUGACUGGGCACGAAGUCAUCCGGAUAACAUUCAUCAUUUCUGCUCAGCCUUUGGAAUUGAUGCUGGGUGGCAGCAUUUUCUACAUAAUUUGUCAUCUGCAACAUCUGAUACUGGCACGUCAAUUCUUCCCAAGCAUCUGCGUCUUGUUGCCAAUAGUCUUUCGGCUAGUGGAGAGUUUGUGGGCUUAAAUUCUAAAGGCAUGGCACGGCAAAGAAAUCAUGCGUCUGUUUCAUCACCCUUUGUGCAAGCAUGCUUUUCUAAUCCCGGUAGUACCUUUUUAAAAGCUGCUAAGUCUGGGGUCGUUGAUAAUCUCCAGGGCACUCUAGAUGGAUUGGCUUGGGGAAAUUGUCUGUCCAUGGGGACAAGUGGACAGUUUGAUGUCAUGUACUCAGAGAAGGUACAAGAGCUUGCUAAGUCUGUAGAUGUGUAUGACCUGCUAGAAACCAGUUUUGACCAGCUAGACCAAGAGAUUAAUACCUCUCAAUCUAACAACUAUUCAUCCGACAAAUGCAAUUCUCAGUUUAGACAUAAAAAAGGUCGUUAUGCCCCAAAAGAGCCGAAGCAGUGGAAAAGUGUUAUAAGAAAUUUCAUGACUGCAAAUGAUAUUCAGAAGCUCACUUCUGCAUCAAGGUUCAUACUGAACAAGUAUCCUAUCGAUCAGAUACUAAGUGAGAGAGACAAGUUAACAAUAAUGAAGGUUUUGCAUUUUCAUCCUCGUAGAAAUGAAAAGUUAGGCUCUGGACCACAACAUAUAAAGGUUGGAUGGCAUCCUAAGUUUACAGAUAGUCGAUGCUUUUUUAUAAUUCGAACGGAUGGGACUGUUGAAGAUUUUUCAUACCGCAAAUGCAUUCUUGGUGCCCUUGAUGUUGUUGAUCCGGAAAAGUCAAAGAUCCAGAAGAAGAAAUGGUCGGGACAUGAUGACACGGAACCUAAAUUUUUGCAUGUCCAAGCAUAAUAAGUGACUGUCAUUUGAUAUGAUGGUAGUCACAACUCAAACUAUUGACUAUGAGUUCAUAGUUUCUCUGAAUAAAUCAUAUAGUUGGUAAUAGUAGUGCUACAACUCUAGAGUCACAAAAAACGACGUUGUUUUUCUACCUUUGAUUUAAAAGGUUGUCCCAAAUCAGUGGUAGAGAGGCACUGUUGUCUUUUGUGGGUAUAUAGAGUCAUGUAAUUGGCAUUACUCCUGCUAAGAGGUGGAUAAUCUGGACCUCUUUGUUGUGUAAUAUCUUUAAGUUAGAAUGAGAGUAGUAGCCAACUGAAAUGUUGAUGACUUUAGCUCGUCUGAUAAAGCCAGUGCAGCGAUUGAAACAAAGGAGACGCGGCAUAGAAGGGAGUAUACAAGUUGAAGGAAAUGGCUGUACAUUUUUUUAUUUUAACAAUUUACUUUCCUUUUUUAUGAUAAACAUGGAGUGGGUGCUAAAUCUUUAGCUUCUUUUUGCUACUUUCACUAUUAUUUUUUUGCCUCCGAUUACGCAAGGCAAAUAAAGAACUAGUGGAAGUAGCAACGAGAAGCUUGCAAACUGCAAAGAUUUACCCUCAGACCAGAUGUAUUGAUGAAUAUAUGACAGUUAAAUAUAAUAAUUGUUCAUGCUACCUAGUUCAAGCACCACGUGUAUCCCACAUACACAAAUUGAAGAAUGCUCAUAAAAUUUACAUUCUGCACAUUAUACUCAUGUUAUUUUAUUUGUUUUCAUGUGUAA